UGUUCAAAGGUCGUCGCUGCAGAAUUGAAAAUAAUAUAAUGAAAGUUUAAAACGGGCAGGGAAUAUUACCUUACGUUAACACAUAAAUUACAUAUGUCAGGUGGAGACUGAAAAUAUAAAGGGAGGAGCUAUAGCUUGGGCCGUGCGGGGGAGCGUCUUGGAAACUUCAUGUCCCAGGAGUCUACCUACAACAUUUGCAAUCGUUUUCUGAUUGAAAAAUGGCGACACCGUUGAACGAAACAUGUGCUACUCUGGAGCGCUCUUUACGCGAGCGUGUGCCUCCUCUUCUCACGGAUCUUUAUCAGUUUACUAUGGCAUACGCCUACUGGCGUGCUGGCAGACAUAACGAGCCCGCGGUUUUCGAGUUGUUUUUCCGGGAUAAUCCGUUCGGUGGUGGAUUCUCUCUUUUUGCAGGGCUGAGCGACUGCUUGCUGUUCCUGCUGAACUUUCGUUUCACAAGUGAAGAUGUGGAGUACCUGCGCUCGGUGCUUCCUGUGGAUACAGACCCAGAUUUCUUCACCUACCUCAAAGGGCUCGACUGCUCUGCUGUCUCUAUCAGUGCGGUAGCUGAGGGCACCGUGGUUUUUGCCCGGGUUCCUCUUAUGGAGGUGUCUGGCCCACUGGCUGUUGUUCAGUUGCUAGAAACCAGUCUACUCUGUCUAGUCAACUACUCCAGUUUGGUAUGCACCAACGCUGCACGGUUCCGUCUAGCUGCGGGGCCUGAGCGCCGACUCCUGGAGAUGGGCCUGAGGAGAGCGCAGGGGCCUGACGGAGGGCUGACUGCUUCCCGUUACACACACAUCGGAGGUUUUGAUUUGACGAGUAACGCUCUGGCUGGGCAUCUCUUUGGGAUUCCAGUGGCAGGCACCAUGGCACACUCUUAUGUCACAUCCUUCUCCUCUCUGGAGGAAGUGUGGCCACAGAUACUGGCUCCCUGCGGGGGUGGUGACCCCAUUGACUUCAUGUGUCUAGUAAAGGGCUGGUUAGGACAUGUGUGCCAGUUACUAGGAGCGAAACCUCAGGGGGUUCGCGAGGGUGAGCUUGCUGCCUUCUUGUCCUACGCCAUCGCUUAUCCCCGCAACUUCCUGCCUGUGAUCGACAGUUACAGUGUUGGCUGCAGCGGCUUGCUCUGCUUCUGUGCCGUUGCCUUGGCUUUGUGCGAGUUGAAGUAUCAGCCUCUGGGUGUGAGGCUUGAUAGUGGAGACCUCUGCAGGCAGUCUGUGGAAGUGCGCCAUGCCUUUAGAGAAUGCAGCAAACGUUUCUCAGUUCCUGCGUUUGAAUCUUUCAUUAUUGUUGGUACGAACAGUGUGUCUGAACAGAGCCUUGUUGAGCUCAGCAAAAGAGAUAAUGAGAUUGAUGUUGUGGGGGUUGGAACUCAUCUAGUUACUUGCACAAGUCAGCCAUCCCUUGGCUGUGUGUAUAAGCUGGUGGAGGUCUGCGGGAGGCCCAGGAUGAAGCUGAGUGAAGACCCAGAGAAGAGCACACUUCCAGGGAGGAAGGCCAUCUACAGGCUGCUGGACACUGAGGGUCAUCCUCAAAUGGAUCUCAUCUGCCUGUCAGAGGAGCCCGCCCCCAAGGUGGGUGUGCCGCUGAAUUGUCAUCCUUUAGGGUUGGACAAGGCUGCUCUAUCAAUCAUGCCUGCCAAGGUGACAAGUCUACGAUCAGAUGUCUUCUCUUAUGGCAAGAUCACACUCCCUCUGUGCAGUGCAACUGAAAGUCGAGUAUGUGCACAGAGUUCUCUUCAAGCUCUCUACCCCCAUCACAAAAGAUUGCAGGAGCCAGAGCCUUAUAGAGUGGCUGUGUCAGAGAGAGUUCAUUCUCUUGUGUCUGACAUCAAAAUGGGAAACAGCAAAGGCAGUAAUUUUCUGCUGUCCAAUUGAAGCAAACUGAGACACAGAAGUUGCGUUUACCUCUUGUGUGGGGCUCAGUUUUAUAGCAGUGCAGCUCUGCAAUUGUUGCCUACUCUUCUGGCCUCCUGUGUACAUUUUUUUCCACAGUAAACUAGGCUGUUGAAUGAUUACAUGCUUUGUCACACAUUCUCAGUAGGCUAUUAAUGAUUGUGAGAUUUUUUUUAAAGUGUUGUCAAAAGCAUUUUCAAACACUAAUUAAAGAUAGCAUUUCUGCUGUAACUUUAUACAGUAAUGUACCAUAUUAAAGUGUCAUGAAAUUUCUUUGAGGAUUGCAGAUUUGAUUACGAUAGGUGCAUUGAUGCUUUGUAAUGAAGUGUUUGAUAUUACGAUUGGAAAGAUUUAUAAUAGGAAGAUCAAAACAAAUAUAUUUUUAUUUAAUUAUUGAAUGCAUGUAAUUUGUCGGUUCCUGAGCACUUUGUUACACAUUAUGCAAGUUCCCAUAGUGUGAUAACCAAAAGAAAAGAUGAUUUGCUAUAAAUAAACGUGAAUAAACUUG